AUAUAAAUAUGAUUAUUACAUAUAUGAGGCUUCCGAGGGGCUGUCUUGUCUGGUUUGGUGUUUUCUCGGACCAAGAAGAUAGAUUUACAAUAGAUACAUCACCAAACAUAUAUACAUAGAGAGAGAGGAACAAUAUAUAUCAGCAGCUGUGGAGUCAUUUAGGCUAUGCCGUGUAACCCAGAGGUUGGCUCAGACAUCUAUUUGAAAUAUAUAAUCUUUUCAAAGAUAUGGAGAAACUGUGCCUCUGGUCAGACUGCUUCCAGAAUUGGAGCUUUUCAUUCCAGGAAGUUCUUGAUCAACGUUGUUUUAUCCUUGGAGAGUUCCUUGUUUCCUUUGUCAACUAUACUUAGUGAACACCUGUUUCAUAAUAAGCACGGGAGGCCUAAUGCCAUAGUUUCCUGAGUUAGGUGUUGGAUCUUUAGCUCACUUCCUACAUUGCAUUGCUGAUAAGAUGUUCCUUCAAGAACCAUCAGAAACCAUCUUGUGGGGGCCGAAGUUUGAGAGUGCAUAAUCAAACUUGUGUACUGGGUUAAUUAUAGACAAUUCUGUUGCUGUGAAUAUAUUUUAAUCAAUAGCUUGUCCUUUGUCCUCAUGUUACCUCUUAGAGCAAUAAAACAUCUCAGCCAGUGGAGCUUAUAAAUUGAAUCUAGUGUAUUUGGAGUUUGCUGUUGCAUCUUCUCAUAAAUUUUGGUGGCUAUGUUCUAAUAUAAGAUUCCAAGAUACUGUCUAGAACUGAUUUUAACUUUGAUCAAUUCCAUCAGUUGCUUUCAAGAUGCUCAGCAGUUCUAGACUUAUAACCAAUUGUUUUCCUGACCACCACGUCAAAGCCUUUGACAAGCUAUAUACUUUAAUAAGGGCUCUGAUGCCAUUCUACCAGAACAGUUUUUGUUCUGUGCUCAUAUCUUCUGGAGGACAAUAUUAUUAGUUUAUUCAGCUACAGAACUCAAGCGUUUUUUUUACUAUUUAGGUUACGUUAUAUCCAUAGACUAGAGAUAAACACCCUUCAUUUUUAUGUCCGUGUUCUUGAUUUGCUAAAUAAGGAGUUGCAAGCAGUUGAAGUUGCACGAAUGGAAAGGUACAAAAUAAUCAAGGAAGUUGGCAAUGGAACCUUUGGAAGUGUCUGGAGAGCUUUGCAUAAGCAGACUGGUGAAGUUGUUGCUAUAAAGAUAAUGAAAAGAAAAUACUACUCAUGGGAAGAAUGUAUAAAUUUGAGAGAAGUCAAGUCUUUGCGCAAAAUGAAGCAUUCUAAUAUUGUGAAGCUCAAGGAAGUAAUUAGGGAAAAUGACAUCUUAUACUUUGUGUUUGAGUACAUGGAAUGCAAUUUAUAUCAACUUAUGAAAGACAGAAGUAAACUUUUCUCAGAAAGUGAAGUAAGAAAUUGGUGUUUUCAAGUAUUUCAAGGUCUUGAAUACAUGCAACAGCGUGGAUAUUUUCAUCGUGAUCUCAAACCAGAAAACUUGCUAGUUUCAAAGCAAACAAUAAAAAUUGCUGAUUUUGGUCUGGCUCGAGAGAUCAAUUCCUCCCCACCAUAUACGGAGUAUGUGUCAACACGCUGGUAUAGGGCACCUGAAGUUCUUCUUCAGUCUCCAGCAUAUAGUUCUGCAGUUGAUAUGUGGGCGAUGGGGGCAAUCAUGGCUGAACUAUUAACUCUGCGGCCACUUUUUCCAGGUUCAAGUGAAGCAGAUGAAAUUUACAAAAUAUGCAGUGUAAUAGGUAGCCCUACAGAGAUUAAAUGGGCUGAAGGGCUUAAACUAGCAAAUGCAAUCAAUUAUCAGUUUCCGAAGCAUGGAGGUGUUCCUCUCUCUUCAUUGAUACCAUGUGGAAGCAAAGAUGCAAUUAACCUCAUUACAUUGCUUUGUUCGUGGGAUCCUUGCAAGAGGCCUACAGCCUCGGAGGUUCUUCGGCAUCCUUUCUUCCAGAGUUGCUAUUAUGUACCUCCAUCUCUUCGUCCCAAACCUACUGCUUUAAGAACUCCUCCUGCUGCAAAUAGAGGAUCUUUGGAGCAGAAAAGUGUGAAGAGGUAUUCUGGUGACAACCUGACAACUUUGAAGUCUUCAUAUGCUCUUUCUUCAGUCAAAGCUCACUCAAAUUUAAACACAGGUGUGCAACGGAAGUUGGAAAUUAGCCAACAGGAUGCAACUAAGAAUAUAAAAACUUUGAAAAACCCUGCUGUGAAGCAACCAAGACAGAGGCCAUCUGUCGGGGAUAGUACACCAACCAUUCACACAGGGAAAGCACACGGACCUUCCGCUACUGCUGAGAAGUUGGCAAAUAUGAGAAUUGGACCAGGCAAACAGCCUGUAAAGCGAACCAUUCCGCCUCCUAUGAGGGCUGGAGGAUUGAAUGGUCAACCUGACUUGUUUCUUGGACGAUCUCAAGAGGUCCAGGCCGGCAGAACCUACCCCAAAAAAGUUGCUGGAUGAAUAAUAUGGAGCUCAUUUUACUGGAUGAAUCAGAAUUCCGUAUCGCCAUCUUGUUCAGUGUAACUAUAAGAGCUCCUUUUGUGCCUGCUCUGCCCAACCGCGUUAUCUCGGAGGUACUGUGUUUUCUUAAUCUGAUGGGUGUGGUGCUAGGUUCCUUGGUUUUGACAUGAACAAGCUCUGGUUUGUCUACAUAAUAUGUAAUUACAAUAUAUUUGAUGCAAGGCCCUUCCGCCGGAGCCACGGGACUGACUACUUUGAUGCUCAAUUUGUCUAUAAAUACAUUUUAUUUGGUCUGAAA